GAGACAAUCACCCCCAUUGUUUCAGAUCCCUCUGUUGUUUGAGCGAGACAGAGAGAGAACGCUGUACCCGACCCGACUGUGGUCCACCCUAUUCCAGGAGCAAGACAAACCCAGGCCAAUGAAUCCCAAGUUAAUUGAAAAGCCGAAGUCGAAGAUUACGGCUUCGCGUAAACUCUCCCUGAAGAUCAUGCUGCUCACCAGGGCGAUGGAGCAGCUGGAACAGGAGACGCAGGACAGGGAUGAGGAGAAACUGAGCUACCUGGGAGAGCGACUGCCCCCCCUGCAGUUCUCUGGACUGUCAUUGACUGAGCUACAGGACCUAUGCAAGCAGCUCCAUGGAAAGAUAGAUGUGGUAGAUGAGGAAAGAUACGACUGUGAGGCCAAAGUGACCAAGCACAACAAAGAUAUCCAUGAGUUGAAGCUGAAGGUGCAGGACUUAGGAGGGAAGUUUAAGAAGCCCGCCCUGAGGAAGGUGCGGGUCUCUGCAGACGAGAUGAUGAGAGCUUUGCUGGGAACCAAACACAAAGGCUCUAUGGACCUCAGGUCCAACCUCAAGUCUGUCAAGAAGGAAGACACCAACAAGGACAAAGACAAGGUGCUCACGUCUGAGGUGACCGACUGGCGUAAGAAUGUGGAGGCCAUGUCUGGCAUGGAGGGCCGCAAGAAGAUGUUCGACGCAUCUGGUGGCCAGUAAGCCAUGCUACAGCCUUGCGACGGGAACGACGCGCAUGAAAUGGUCCAGAGAGGAGGAAGAGGAGAAGGAGGAGCUGUGUAGUCCCUGAAAGCGCCCCGCCACACACCUUACCGCAGUACAAAGGCAGCACUGGGUUAAAUUGUGAGGAGUCCAGUGCUGAGCAGUCCAUUAGAGGGGUUUGUAGCUUUGUAAAACAGGUUGUAGUUCUCUGCUGGAGUGGAAGGGUUUCUAUAAGAGUUUUACAGAGCCUGCAAUUUCUUUCAGUUACUAAUUACCAAAUAUUUGACAACACUG